CUUAUUUACGAAAAAAACAGUUGACGCAAUGUCAAAUUGAUGUAAUAUUAUAUUCUUUCUGUUGCGAAAUUUAUAUGGGAACCGGUAUGCGCAACUGUUGCAUUGUGCAAUUUUACUUUCGUUGAUAAUUUAAGGCACGGGAUACCGUUCUCUGCUGAUAACGGUGCCAGUGGAGAGAGAGAGAGAGAGAGAGAUUUUAAAUGGAAUGUGCGGCUUUUAGUAUAUUUAAUUUAUGAUUUGUUAAUAAAGUUAUUUUCAUUGAUUAUUUAACAGAAGCACGAAAUAUUAUACAAAGGUAGCUUAACCACGCUCGAUACAAUUCAUUUCCAAACUUCGAUGCGAAUAAUUUCGGUUUUUUGUUUUCUCAGUGCACAGAGUGUCUCAACAAUUUUGAUUUUAUUCUGACAAAGAGAGUCUUUGACUAACUCCAAAAGAGCUUCUCUCAAGUAAAAUUAAAGGUCAUUGUUGCAACUUCCUUAGCAGCUAAGUCUUGAACUAAAAGUUGGAGUUCUCCAUUCAAGAACUCAAGUUCUCCAAGAGCAAAGUUCAAUUCCAUUUUAAUAAUAAAUUUAACAAGUGUAUUUUGCUUUCGUUUGCAGUUUCGUAAUGGUUUGAAAACAUUUUAUUUUAAAUCUGGAAAACUAAAGUUGCGCGGAGUAAUGGCGGGAUAAAAACCGCGUGCACACUCCGCAUUCCGUAUAUUCCCAGUUGAAGCUCCCCAAGUCCCGGUUUACAUUGUUUUUUUUUAUCUUUCAGCUCUUGCAUAUAACAUCGUGCCCAAUCAUCAAUCUCCCGUAACAAUCUCGAAAUUGUUAUUUUCCCCGCUUAUCGCUCGAGAGAGGAACGUCGUCCCAAGAGUACGAAAUCAGGUCACGACUUCCGGGGACACUUGGUAUUAGGAAGCGCUCAAGAAAUCCGUUCUUUUUUUAAUUCAUAGGGCACUGCGAGAGACAUUUAUAACGGGCGUCAGCGAAAUCCGCGAGUGUUGGUGGCUGGCAUUGUCGGGGAGAGGGAGAGAGCCAAGCCGAUACACCGCCGAGGGCACACGGACGGGGGAGACAGGCGCAAUACAUGAGUAUGCCACGAGCGCGCUCGUGUGGACCGCGGGAUGCCACAGGGGUGAAAUUUAAAGGGAGGGGCUGCUCUCGCGAAAAUGGCCGUUACGCACGGGGUAGAUUGUCCGGGGGUGGACGAGUGACGGGUGGCUGAUCGUCCGUGUCCUCCGCGCCGACCAAUUGACCGAGUGCCUCGCGACGAUUGACACGGUUUGCCCGUUCGACCAGCUAUUAUGCGGCGGUGGCCGAAAAGCGAUCCCUGCUCUGCUCUUCUUAAACCCCCACCAGACGCGCGACCUUCUAUCCCUUCCGUCAAGAGAUUAGGCCCACGCUUCAGCAAUGUACAUGAAAAAAGCUAAAUAGAAAAAGAGGCAAGGGAGUAUAUAAGGAAAAGUGAGGAAGAUGCCUGGCUCCUAUACGGGAGUUGUAAUUCUCCUCUUGUUAGGGACCUCUGUGUCAGUGUCCGGUACCGCGGAUGCUGCCAAGUCUCUGAGAGCGGCAAAGGCCAGGCUCAGAUCGUCUUAUGCAUCGUGGCGGAUAGUGGUAUGUUUCACUCAGCCUCAGGCUACUUUCAAGGCAGACGUACAGAAAGUAUGGGAGCAAGCGAGACUGGAAUCUUUUCAUGCGGACAUGGAUGUGUCAUACAUAGAAACAAGGAUGACACCCAUGAUGACGAAUUCCUUGUUAUACCCCUUGUCAAUGUUAAACAAAUUUUGUACAGACAUCAAAGGCGGAAAGACAGUAUUAAGCCUUAUUAUAGGAGGAGGAUCGGCAGCCAGAUUUCUUGUUACGGCUGCUGCCGCCUUGAACCUUCCAGCUCUGUGGUUACCGUUUACACACAGAGACUUCCUUCGUCAGGGAAAUCUCGGCCGGUUUGAGAACCGCAUAGGUUCGAGCCCCAAGGAGGUCGGAGCGGCGGCUGCCGCCUUAAUGCAUCGGGCUAACUGGCAUGCGUUCACCCUCCUUAUCGACACCACCCUCCUGCCCGUCACUCAUCUCCUGCAAACGAAUCCGCCGACGUUGACACCCCGCGCGAUUAUACACCUUCCGACGAACGACAGAACUCUGAGAUUGAGGCUGAGGCGGGUGGCCGAGGAGAGCGGCAGCGGCGGAGUCGUGGUGAUGGCCUGCGAUCUGAACAACGCCCGUAAGAUCCUCGGCGCGGCCGGCAAGUUCGAGAUGCUCUCGGGCAGAUUCCUGUGGCUCUGGCUGGACCUCAAGGCGGAGUUGCGACCGAACGAGCCCAACAUCAUCAGCUCGCAUCUCAUGCACAGCUCGCGCGUCGCCGUCGCGGCCAACGAGAACUCGCCGUUGUUGGAGCGAACGACGUAUCUCGCCUCGGACGACAAGCCGUUGCCGUCGCUGAAUCCGCUGCCGAGUCUAGCCAACGACAUACACCGGCUACAAGAAUACAGGUGGCUGGACGAGAAGAUCGUGACCAAGCGGGAGGACAAGGGCUUCAACUUCGACGACGACGAGGACGUCGUGAGGCUCGCGGGUGACAGGGAGUUCAAUUCCAAGAGUUUUAUGCCGAUCGGGAUGCUCGCGCUCAGGCCGUCCGGUAUCAGGAUCAUGGACGGUGACACUAUACUAACCAGAAUGCUGAGGGAGACCUCGCAGGCGUUAGACGAGACGUUUCUGGAAACGAAGACGAGGUUGAGUCGUCUGCGCGACCUGCAGAUCAAAGAGCACUUUGUACCGGAAUGCUACACGGAUCACAAUGCUAAAUUCAUGACGAGCGAGGCGAGGGAGAAUGUAUCCGCGACCUUGACGAGCAAGCUGAGAAAAUCCAUGGGACAAAUCUCUAAGGACAAGGCAGAGUUCCAGUUGUUGAAUUUGCAAGCCGUCAGGUUUCCCGGGAACAAGACUCAAUUGAGGUGGACCAAGGUCGGCACUAUCAAGGGAGGCAGGGAGGUCCGUCUCGACACCAUAAUCUGGCCCGGCGGCGGCAUCAUGCCGGCAUAUCUCGAGCAGGGCGGCGAGAAGAUCGGGAUGCCGAUUUAUCGUAUCGUGACCGCGCUCGCGUCACCGUUCACCAUGGUGACGAGUUUACAGGAGGGUUUCUGCCUGCGCGGCCUCACCUGCCGGCAGGGCAACACCGUGGUGUGCUGUUACGGCCUGAGUAUGGACCUGCUGUCUUUGGUGGCGCGCGAGCUCGGGUUUCGCUUUGACGUGUACCUGGCGGAGGACGGGCUAUUCGGGAAGCGGAACAGCCGGAACGGCACGUGGAACGGCGUGAUGGGCGAGCUGGUGUCCGGUCGGGCGCAGCUCGCGUUCGCGGCCUUGAGCGUGUCCACCCAUCGUGCAGAGGUGGUGGACUUCACCACGCCGUACUACUUCAGCGGCGUGAGUUUCCUCACGGCGCCGAAGCUACGUUCCGAGAUAUCGCUGUUGGCGUUUCUCUUCCCGUUCAGCACGGAGCUGUGGAUCGCCGUGUUCACGUCGCUCAACUUCACCGCGAUCGCCGUCGCUCUCUACGAAUGGUUCAGCCCGUUCGGCCUGAAUCCCUGGGGCAGGCAGCGCAGCAAGAACUUCUCCAUCGCCUCCGCGCUGUGGGUGAUGUGGGGCCUCCUGUGCGGCCACCUCGUGGCCUUCAAGGCGCCAAAGUCUUGGCCUAACAAGUUCCUUAUCAACAUUUGGGGCGGCUUCUCUGUUAUCUUUGUGGCCUCGUACACGGCUAACAUAGCCGCCCUUAUCGCCGGUCUCUUUUUUCACUCCGCAGUGAGCAAUUAUCAUGAUAAAAGCCUGUUGUCGCAAAGAGUUGGCGCACCGAGGGCUUCCGCGGCCGAGUAUUAUGUGCAACGGGCGAAUCCGCAAUUAUGGUCUCACAUGGCUCGAUUUUCCCUGUCGGACGUCGCCGAGGGCGUGGAAAAAUUGAGAAACGGCACCCUGGACAUUCUGAUCGCGGACACGCCGAUUCUGGAUUAUUACCGGGCGACCGACGACGGCUGCCGCUUGCAGAAGAUCGGUGACACCAUUAACGAGGACACCUACGCGAUCACACUUACGAAAGGACAUCCCUUGAGAGAGAGCAUAUCUAAAGUUAUAGCGAAUUACACGAGCAACGGGCUGCUCGACAUUCUGCAGGAAAAAUGGUAUGGCGAACUACCUUGUCUAAGCGGUCGACUAGGGUUGGACGCGGUGUUAGCUACCGACUCAGGUCAACCCAGGCCGCUGGGCGUCGCAGCCGUGGCCGGGGUGUUUUGCUUGUUAGGGAUUGGCAUGCUGCUCGGUACCAUUAUACUGAUAGGAGAACAUCUCUUCUACAAGUACACGCUGCCGCGACUGCGGCACUGCCCGGAGGAUUCCAUCUGGCGUAGCCGUAACGUCAUGUUCUUCUCGCAGAAGUUGUACAGGUUUAUCAACUGCGUGGAACUGGUCUCGCCGCAUCACGCUGCCCGCGAAUUGGUGCACACGGUGCGACAGGGCCAGAUCGCGUCGCUCUUUCAGAAGAGUGUUAAACGAAAGGAACACGAACAACGUCGUAGACGUAGAAGUAAAGCGCAGUUCUUUGAAAUGAUUCAGGAAAUUCGGAGAGUACAACAGGAAGAGAAGAUCGAGACGGUACCCGAAGAACCAGACGCCAGCAAGACGGUGAAAAAGGACGAGAAAUUGGGAAAGGAUAGAGAGAGGAGCCGUAGCAAGAGCCCGCUGAUGCCUCGAAGCCCGAAGCGAUCGGAGAAGAGCAGGAGCUCGACGAAUCUAUCGGCAUCUCGCCUCGGAUUGUCGCCGGUGAGUCUCGACGCGCCGAUAAAGCCGCGCGAGUUCACGCUCAGCAACACCAAUUUGCGCGCGAGGAGCCCGCUAGAGACGGUAGGCCGUAGAUUGAGCCACGGGGACGGCGGUUCGCCGCCGCCGCGCCUCAGCAGCUUCGGGGGCAGCGCCAAUCUGCGCCCGUUAGCGCCUACCAGGAGCGACUCGACCGGCGGUGGCACGCCGACCGUCCGUCGCGAUUCCGCGGCCGGGGGUGGCGGCGUGCCGACGCCGAGAUACUCCCGCAGCCCGGCCAAGCGAGGCCAGUCCUUCCCGGUGUUCGCGACUCUGAAACCGCCGCCGCACUCGGCCGGCUACCAGGCGUCCAGAAGCCCACUGUUGUCGCCCAACAGCGAACUCACGUCUGCCAUCGGGAGGAAACUGUCGCGCGAGUGGGGCUCCGGGACUAUUGACCUCACCAGGUCAUCGGAGGCUAUAGGCAGUGGGAGUGGCGGCGGCGGGGGUGGUGGUGGUGGCAGUCGUGGUUCGACGUAUACCCUGAACCAGGAAAUGACGCUCUCCUUGAGUCGCUCCGCGGGCGAGGAGAGGGCCCAGGAGGAAGCGUUGCCGAUCAAGAAGCCCAUACGGCGCGCCAGGAGCCACGAGAAUCGCGACAGCGGUAAGCUGAUGGCGGACCUGCCGUCACCGAGAUUGACCCAGCCGGUGGUGGGCGGCCAGUUUGUCAGCGAGCGAACCAAGAAGCAGCUGGACUCGGAGCUCAAGGCCAUCUUAACUGCCAGGGCCCACCACCAGGAGCUGCAUCCCCCUUGA